CAAUAAUAAUAAUGGUAGGCAUGAAUAAUAGUUUUUUCCCCAGGGCACUCCAAGUUUAUAGGUAUUGAAAUUGCUUUCUAACUUCUUUAACAAUCAAACAACCAUGGAGUGGUCACUAAUGCUUCACAGAGCUCCUAAAAGAGUGAACCAUGCAGCAGUUGUUGUGGAUGACUGCAUAUAUUCCUUUGGCGGAUAUGUCUCCAACCAUGAUUUCUCAGACCGAACAAUUCCAAUCGAAAUUUUUGUCCUCAAUACACGCACAUACAAAUGGCAAACGCUGAUUGUAGACAGCAAAAAUGCCCCCUACAGACGCUACGGUCACACUGUUGUUGCUCACGGUAGAAAUGUCUACCUCUGGGGUGGCCGCAAUGACGAGUACUGUGAUGGAAUUCUAUAUUGCUUUGAUACAGUUUCCCGUAGUUGGUCACAACCCAAAGUGAGUGGAAUUGUGCCUCUGGCAUCAGAUGGACAUGCAGCCUGUAUCCACAAGGACACAAUGUACAUCCAUGGCGGCUACAUUGAACAGAUCAGCCAGUUCACUCUUUCCCUGCAUGCUCUCAACCUCUGCACUCUGGUUUGGACCGAAAUGCCCUUGAAGGGUCAGUACCCUUUAUUCCGGGACUUCCACACUAUGUGCUGCGAUGGUGAUGGCAAUCUUCUUGUGUAUGGCGGGCGUGAGAUGCCUAAUUCUGUGUAUGGCGGCCCUGAUAAGGAGACCUACCCCAACAACCUGCACAUUUACAUGGUUGAGAAGCAGCUCUGGAGAGCAGUCUCGUAUGCCAAUACUGACCACACGCCUUCUGGUCGCCGCUCACAUUCUUCAUUUUUCUACAAGGACAAGUUGUUCGUAUUUGCUGGUUUCAACAGUCAAACGGCAAUGCACAUGAACGACAUCUUCUCUUUUGAUAUGCGCACGUCGUCGUGGGUGUGUCACAGCCACCCUGACGUUCGUCCGUCCCCGCGUCGCCGGCAAGCCAUGUGCAGGAUGGGCUCGCUGGUGUACAUGUUUGGAGGCACGCACCCCGACACCUCAAACCCCAACAACACCGACAGCGAGCCCUACGACAGCGAGGACGAGGAGAAAGAGAGCCUCGAGGAGCUCGAGGACCUCUGGAUCCUGGACCUUGAGCCUCGACUAGAGACGCUGGCGCUGCUGAAGGUGGUUCGGUCACACCUGCCUCUGACCGGCCUCCCUGUGCUGCUACAGAAACGCGCUUACACCGUCCCUAUCAAGGACCAUCGGUAUUCGCCUUAUCAAAGCUGUGGAUCGCGCCGGUCAUAAAGCGAGCAAUGCAGCACUGCUCUAAACCAGAGACUGCAUCCACCCUUGUCUUUGUUUCGUCAUGAAAUACUUAUUAGUAUUUCAAUUAUUUAUUAAGGAAAAUACCAUGAAUAUUAAAUUUUAAGACUAGUAUAUAAUGUCUCCAUUCAUUGUCAGCGAUCUUUAUUGAUGGUCCGAUAUUUGUUGAAGUUUUGUUUUUUAAGGUUCCUUUGUAGUAUCCUAGGAAGGAUUUUUUCCUAUUUCAAUUGGCCUAAACUGGUUAAUGAACUGGAAUCUUAGUAGCGAAAUGCUCUUCAUCUUGAUUGAUGCUGACGAACAAUUCUUCCUCUUAAUUUAUUAGUUGGAAAUCACCUCCUUUUUUAUAAAUAUGUGAACUCUGUUAAUGCUAUCUUGAUAAAAUUGUAACACACUAGGCUUGCUUAUUUUAGCAACGGAUUGACCAUAUUGAUGUAUUAUUAAGAUUUUACCAAUCUUAAUUAGAUGACUACGUUUUCUAUUCUUUGUUUGGUUGAAGAUCUUUUGAUUUUCCCUGUUACUUUUCGCACUGAAUGCGCUUGCGCUCCUAAGUUACGAGGGGUGACCCAAAAAACCGGACUGCCUGUGUAGUGGGUGAAUUUUUGGUAUCACCGCAUCCUCCAAGUAUUUGUAUAUGCUACUGACAGUCAUCAGUUGGUGUGCUAAGCAUUGCUGCCCUAGAAGGCCGUGUUCCACCCUAACACAUUUUUUUUGUGACGCUUCUGUUGCGCGCUGGUCGUUUUUUUUUCUAAUUGCUCGUUUUCGUGAGCAACGUGCUGUCAAAUUUUGCUUUCUUGUAUCAAAAAUACAUAACAGAUGAGAAAUAUAAAUGCUAUUGAUAGCCUACAAGGAAAAUGGCUAUGGGGAGAUUGCAAGUUUCUUUUAGUAGUUUUCCAUCUUCAAAAAAAGGUAAAUGUCAAUUGACCUCCAACUUCGCUCAGGUCGUCCUUCCACUUACCGCACUGAACAAAAUGUGAAAAUUAGGGACCAAAUCCCUGAAGAUCAACGUAGAGGCAUUGACGAACUUGCGGAACUGUAACAAGUGACUUGGAGUUCACUCCAGCAAAUUUUAAACAAUUUUGGAUAAAUGAAUGUAUACCUAAAAAACCUGUUUUUUUCUUGGGUCCCCUCUCGUAUGUUAAUAUACCGUGUCCUGUAUCAUGGCCGCAAAUUUGGAGCUAAAAUUUUGAACGAAAUUUUUGCCUUUCGUCAAAAUUCUUGCACCCUACUUGCUCUCAGCAUCUCUUAUUAUUAAUCUCGCCACUGAAAUGGAAUUUAUUUGCAGGUAAUUUUGUUUAAUGUGGUUACUGCUGUCUUGUUUUAUAACGAGACGGACGAAAAGCUUCCUGUAUUAAAUGCAGUUUCUUUAAAGUUCUAUUGGCUCUUCCUUCCUGGAUAUUUAACAUUUAAGUCCUGAUCUGAGAAAUUAUAUCACUAAUAUUGAA